GUGUACCGUCGACCACGUAUUCUUCCUUCGGGCAUGUGGCAUUAUUGAAUCCUCGUCGUGCGCGUUUGCAACCCCUAAGUGGCACCCGAGUGGUCGAUCCCAGGCAACGGCCAUCAUGUUCCGGAUGGACUGGCAGCGCGCGGCGCUGCUCAUCCUCGGACUGCUGAGUGUCGCCGCCGUAGGCUGGCCCUACAACGAGUCUCUCGCGGAUUACAACCUCAAUACCAACGCCUCGGCCGCCGACCCUAUCGACUAUUGGGGCGAAUGGCCCGAUCACGACUAUCAUCCGUCGCCCUCCAACUGGCGCUUCCCCGUCUACACCAUCUUCCUGGACCGCAUCGCCAACGGCGAUCCCACCAACGACAACAUCAACGGCACCACCUUCGAGCAUGUCAUCGACUCCAACCAGAUGCGCCACGGCGGGGACCUGGCCGGGUUGAUUGACUCCCUCGAUUACAUCAAGGGCAUGGGCUUCAAGGCCAUCUACUUCGCGGGGACGUACUUGAUGAACCUGCCCUGGGCCUACGAUGGCUACUCCCCCGUGGACACCACUCUCCUCGACAUGCACCAUGGUACCCUGGAGGACUGGCGGACCACCAUCACCGAGAUCCACAACCGUGACAUGUACGUGAUCGUGGACAAUACCUUGGCAACCCUGAGCAACCUGAUCGGGUUCAAGGGCCACCUGAACGACUCGGCCGACUUUCUGGCGACGGAAUACGAGGUCGAGUGGAUCACCGAUCGACAGUACGUCGAUUUCCAUUUCCACAACGAGUACAACGAAACGUGUACCUACCCCAAGUUCUGGAACGAGACGGGCUAUCCCAUCACCACGGGCGGCAUCCAAGACCUGAAGGGCUGCUACAACAGUGAUUUCGACCAGUACGGGGAACUGGAGGCCUUUGGCAAUUUCCCUGACUGGAAGCGGCAACUCACCAAGUUCGCCUCGGUGCAGGAUCGGUUGCGGGAAUGGCACGAGCCGGUGCGCAAUGUCAUCACGCGGCAUUCAUGCAUCCAGAUCGCCAGUCUCGACGUGGAUGGCUUCCGGUUUGAUAAAGCCGUCCAGGCCACCCUGGAGCCCCUCGCCGAUAUCAUCAGCGUCUACCGGGAAUGCGCCAAGAAGUACGGCAAGAACAACUUCUUCCUGCCCGGGGAGAUUACCUCGGGCAAUACUUUUGGCAGUCUCUAUCUCGGACGUGGUCGGCAGCCGAAUCAGGUCCCCGACUCGGCGGACAUUGCCGUCAAGCUGACCAACGAUUCGGAUUCCGAAUACUUCCUGCGCGACGAUGGCCUGCAAGCCUUGGAUUCGGCCGCGUUUCACUACACCAUCUACCGCUCGAUGACUCGGUUCCUGGGCAUGGAUGGCAACCUCGUGGCCGGGUUCGACCUGCCCACCGAUUUCAUCGAGGCGUGGAAUGGCAUGUUGGAGACCAACGACUUCCUGAAUGCCUUUACCGGCGAGCUGGACCCCCGACACAUGUUUGGCGUGUCGAACCAGGAUAACUUCCGCUGGCCGGCCAUCAAGAAUGGCACGGUGAAAUACCUGCUGGGCCUGUACAUCGUCACCCUGGAGCUGCCGGGCAUCCCGUUGGUGCUCUGGGGCGAAGAGCAGGCGAUGUAUGUCUUCGAUGCCACGGCCUCGAAUUAUCUGUUCGGUCGGCAGCCCAUGACCUACCAGACGGCGUGGUGGACGCACGGCUGUUUCUCGCUCAACACAUCCAAGUUCUACGACUUCCCCAAUGACAAGGGUUUGAAUGGCUGCAACGACAUCACCGUCACCUACGACCAGCGCAACCCGGCCCACCCCCUGCGCAACCUGAUGAAGCGCAUGUUCGAGAUCCGGGAACAGUACCCCGUGGCCAACGAUGGGCUGUAUCUCGAGACCCUGUCGCAGCUCACGCAUAACGUCUACCUACCGGGCUCCGAGUCGACCCCGACCGUGACGGGGCUGUGGUCGGUGUUGCGCACCUACUAUCCGGGCGUGCAGCAGAAUGCCACCCAGAGCAAUGGCACGCUGUGGCUCGUGUAUCAGAAUGGCAACACCACCGAGACGUACGGCACCAGCUGCACCAACAAGUCCGCCGCCUUGCUGGCGCCCUUUGACUCCGGCAAGACGCUGAAGAACCUCUUCUAUCCCUACGACGAGCUCACGCUGGAAGAUGGGCCCGACGGCAGCUCCUACGGCUGUGCCCGCAACAUGACCUUGUAUCCCUGGGAAUAUCGGGCCUACGUCGAGGCGGCCAGCUUCCAGGAGCCCCGACCGACCGUCACGGAGUUUGUCCCCGGCCACGAUGCCCGCUUGAUCUCCACCGCGGACACGGGGGAAACCCUCGACAUCCGACUGGGCUUCUCCCAACCCAUGGACUGCGAUGGGCUCACCCAGGCCAUCUCCCUGAACUCGACCACGACCAAGGGCAUCACCGCCUCGUUCGACAGCUCCAGUGUCACCUGCGCCAACAUCACCGCCCGCACCACGAGCAAUAACUUCAUCGGCGAGGUCCCCACGGUGUGGACGUGGUCCACGACGUUGAAGAACGUCUACCACGGCGUCCACCAGCUGACCGUUAACAAUGUCACCAGCACGAAUGGCACCCACACGAAUGCGGUCGACAAGUUCCUGUUCCGGCUGGGCACGGAGACCAACCCGCUGAUUUCCCCCUUGGCCAACUACUCCACCACCCUGGUGCACAAGUCCGACAACGGCAGCUACUACAUCCAGCAUGAUGCCGCGGGCGCCGACCAGUUCCGCUACUCGACCAGCUUCGGCAGCAGCUGGUCCAACUGGACCGCGUACACCGGCGGCAACACGACGGUCGACUUCACCUCCUGGUCGGGCACGUCCGCGCAGAAGUGGCAGGGCACGCAUGUCCGCGUCCAAUACUUCUCCCGCCUCACGGGCAGCAGUGACUAUCUCCAGGAAGGCGAUUACGGCUGGAAGGAUGGCGUGGCCCGCCGGUUCCCGCACAUGUGGUGGAACGGCCCGUACAAUCAAUAUGGAUACGACGCCGGACUGGACAGCAAGAUGCGGUUCGAUGAGGACGAUCUGCGCUGGAAGUACGAUUUCGUCUACGAGUGGCCCUCGGUGGGUCAGAUCAGCAUCUGGGGCACGGACGAGGAUGGCACGCCCGACACGACGGGCGUCUAUGGCGACGUGGAUAACUCGUCGGUCGUGCAGCGGCUGCCGCCCUCGUACCUCUCGUCCAACGUGAUCAACAUCACCAACACGCCCCCCUUCCCGCAUCUCGGCUGGACCAUCGCCCUGAACGAUGCGAACCUGCGCUAUGAGUUGAUCCCCGUCGGAUCGGGCUGGGCGCAGCUGGUGCUGUACAUCCUGCUGUGGGUCGUCCCGAUCCUGAUGGCCCUGGCCGGGGUGUUCAUCUUCAUCCGCACCUUCUACCGCGUCCAGCUGAACACGGAUGGCAACGUGGCCAAGGAGGACAAGCUGCCGCUGCUGGUCUGGCGCCGGCUGCGGGGGCAAGCCGCCGGGGACGAGCAGUCGGAUCGGGCGCUGUCGACCGUCGGGGCCGCCCCGACGGCGGGCAUGGCCCUCGCCGGCGCCCCCGAGAAGCGGCGCACGGUCUUGAUUGCCACCAUGGAGUAUGACAUUGAGGAUUGGAAGGCCAAGGUGAAGAUCGGUGGGUUGGGGGUCAUGGCCCAACUCAUGUCGCAGCACCUGGGCCACCAGGAUCUCAUCUGGGUGGUGCCCUGCGUGGGGGACAUCGAGUAUCCCCAGGACACCCCGACGGAGCCCUUCAUCGUCACCAUCCUCGACAACCCCUACCUGGUCCACGUGCAGUACCACGUCCUCAACAACAUCACCUACGUGCUCCUGGACGCCCCCGUCUUCCGCCAGCAGACCAAGGCGGAACCCUACCCGCCGCGCAUGGAUGACCUGGACAGCGCCAUUUACUACUCCGCGUGGAAUCAGUGUAUCGCCGAGACCAUCAAGCGCUUCCCGUCCAUCGAUCUGUACCACAUCAACGAUUUCCACGGCUGCCUGGCGCCGCUGUACCUGCUCCCCACGCGCACCAUCCCCGUGUGUCUGUCCCUGCACAACGCCGAGUUCCAGGGUCUCUGGCCCCUGCGCAACCCGCAGGAGAAGAAGGAGGUCUGCUCCGUCUUCAAUCUCCCCGUCGAGACGGCCACCAAGUACUGUCAAUUCGGCACGGUGUUCAACCUGCUGCACACGGGCGCGAGUUACCUGCGCUUCCACCAGCGCGGCUUCGGCGCCGUGGGGGUGUCCAACAAGUAUGGGAAACGCUCCUGGGCCCGGUACCCGAUCUUCUGGAGUUUGGAGAAGAUUGGCAGUCUGCCCAAUCCCGAUCCCACCGACACGCGGCCCCUGGAAGAGACCCCCGACGAGAAGGCCUUGACCCGGUCGUACGAGGAACGCAUCACGGACAAGCUGGCGGCCCAGCGCUGGGCCGGUCUCACCGAGGAUCGCAACGCCGAUCUCCUGGUGUUCGUCGGUCGCUGGUCGAAGCAGAAGGGGGUCGAUCUGAUUGCGGACGUCAUCCCCGCCGUCCUGUCCGCCCGGCCGCAGGUGCAGCUGAUCUGCGUGGGCCCCAUCAUCGAUCUCUAUGGCCGCCUGGCGGCCAUCAAGCUGGACAAGAUCGCCUCCAUGUUCCCCGGGCGCGUGUUCUCCCGGCCCGAAUUCACCGUCUUGCCGCCGUGCGUCUUUUCGGGGGCGGAUUUCGCCCUGAUCCCCUCCCGCGACGAGCCCUUCGGAUUGAUUGCGGUGGAAUUCGGGCGCAAGGGUGCGCUGGGCAUCGGAUCCCGCAUUGGUGGUCUCGGCCAGAUGCCGGGUUGGUGGUACACGGUGGAGUCGGAUGCCACGCGCCAUCUGUUGCACCAGCUGCGGACCGCCAUCAAAUCCGCCCUGGACUCGACGCCGGAGACCCGCGAGCAGAUGCGCGCGAACUCGGCCAAGCAGCGGUUCCCCGUGCUCGAAUGGAUCCAGAAACUCGAGACCCUGCAACGCACCUCGAUGCAGAUCCACCACGACAAGAACAAGGCCACCGUGGCCGGCGCCAUCCCGGAGUCGCAGAGUGCCUGGGACCUGCAGCAGAGCCUGCGGUAUUCGACCCUGGCGCUGCCGGGGCUGGCCCAGUCGCGCGCCUCGGGGGUCGACACGCCCCCGGAGACCGUCAUCGAGCACGCCCAGUCGCGCCUGCAAGAGCUCCAGGCCGCCGAGGGCACCAGUCGGGCCAGCAGUCUCAACCGCCAGCUCUCCCUGGGCCGCCGCGCCGGACCCGGUCAGGGCCGGCACCGCCGGACCACGCGGCAGCUGUCGACGCACUCUCCGGGUGACGAGACCACCGACGCCGAGGAGGAGGAGGACGACGACGAGCAUGCGACGCCCCCCGUGGACUACAUCUCCCCCGAGGAGGCGAUGCGGGCCGUCACCAACACGCUGGCGCCCGGCAGCGACAGCCGCGCCAGCACCAGCACGCCCCCGCUGGCCCCGCCGCCCGCCGUCCGCAGUUCGCGCCCGGGGUCGCCGUACCCCGUCUCCCAGGUCUCGUCCCCGGGCCUGGCGCCCCCCAUGGGCCACUUCCGCACCGUCUCCAUGCUCUCCUUGCCCUCCGUGGUGGGCGAUCACACCUCCUUCGGGGGCGAAUCUGCCGCCACCCCCCAACCCGUCUUCGAGCUGCAGAAGGUCGACCCGACCUUUACCGAUAGCAUGGGCCACUUCACCCGGCGCUUCGAAGAUCUCCUGACCCAUCUGAAUAAGAAGAACUCGCUCACCGAUUGCUGCAUCGAGACGUACCUGAUGAAGAGUGAGCGGCAGUUCUACUAUGACUACAGCGACGCGCAGUUGAAGAAGCAGCCCAAGGAUCGGGCCAUUGCCAUCCCCGGCGCGGACACGCCCGACGGCCGCGACUCGUACGCCAGUGGCACCGCGGACUCGGACGAGACCGACGAGAUCGAUCGCUGGCUGAUGCAGCUGGGCUAUCGGCGGCCCAUGGUCAUCCAGCGCUUCAUGCGGCGCCGCAUCGGCAAUUGGCCCAUCUACUCGCUCUUCCUGGGGCUGGGCCAGAUCAUCGCCACCAACUCGUCCCAAAUCACCCUGCUGGUCGGCCAGGUCGGUGAGACCGCCAUCAAGGUGUACGUGAUUGCGGCCAUCUACUGUGUCUCGUCCAUCGCCUGGUGGUUUAUCUAUCACCGGUGUCCGGCCGUGUUCUCGCUCACCCUCCCCUGGUUCAUCUACUGCCUGGCCUUCCUCAUCAUCGGCGUCUCCCCCUUCGGCAUCACCUCGGUGGGUCGGGCCUGGGCCCAGAAUGUGGCCGCGGGUGUCUAUGCCAUCGCCUCGUCGAGUGGUUCGCUGUUCUUCGCGCUCAACUUCGGUGACCAAGGGGCCGUGCCCGUCAAGGACUGGAUGUUCCGCGCCAGCAUGAUCCAGGGCAUCCAGCAGAUCUACACCGUGGCGCUCUGGUUCUGGAGCUCCAAGGUCACCGCCGCCGAGGUCGGUGGGGUGUCGGUGGCCGCCUUGAGCUCGUGGCGCCUGACGGCGGUGGUGAUGCCCAUUGCGGCGCUGUGCUUCGGCAUUGGCGUGCUGCUGGCCCUGGGGCUGCCCAACUACUACCGCCAAUCCCCCAGUCGCAUCCUCUCCUUCUACACCUCCCUCUUCCGCCGCCGCAUCAUCCUGUGGUUCUUCUUCAUGGUCAUCGUCCAGAACUGGUUCCUCUCGGCGGCCGUGGGUCGCAACUGGUCCUUCCUGUGGUCGUCCAAGCACGCCAAGCCGUGGGAGAUUGUCAUCCUCAUCGUCGGCUUCUUCAUCGUGUUGUGGGUGCUCAUCCUGUUUUUGUUCCGGGCACUGUCCAAGGAGCACAGUUGGAUCCUGCCCGUCUUCGGGUUGAGUCUGGGGGCCCCGCGCUGGGCGCAAACCUGGUGGGGCACGUCUAACAUCGGCUACUAUCUGCCCUGGGCCGGCAGUCUGGUGUCCGGCUCGAUUGCCUCGCGCUGCCUGUGGCUCUGGCUGGGCGUCCUCGAUGAGAUUCAGCAGGUCGGGCUGGGCAUGAUCCUCCUGCAGACCAUGACCCGCGUGCACGUCUGCUUCGUCCUGUUGGCCGCGCAAUCGCUGGGAUCCAUCGCGACGAUCUGCGCCCGUGGAUUUGCCCCGAACAAGAUCGGACCCGCCAGUAUCUCCCCGGAUGUGGGCACAUCGGUGGAUAAAGUUGGCAAUGCCUGGUUCUGGAUCGCCCUCUUCUUCCAACUGCUCGCCAGCUUUGGAUUCCUUCUGUUCUACCGGCGAGAACAGCUCAACCGGCCUUAGGUCCUGCCGUCUCGCCUGGUCGGACUCGUGGGGGCCCUCCGCCGCCACGCCGUAAUGAUGUUCGAGGAUGAUUGCUGUGCAUAGAUUUCUAUAGACUUGCUGUUUCACCUUCCCCACCCCGAGGACUUGCAUCUCUCGGGGUUUAUGUAUAGUAUCACACCUAAUGGGAAUCCAUUUGCCGUACC